AUGGACCGGAACACUCCGAGUUUUGCGGAAGAAAGAAAAGAAAGAAAAGAAAGAAAAGAAAGAAAAGAAAGAAAAGAAAGAAAAGAAAGAAAAGAAAGUUCGGAAGAAAGUUUAAUUAAAAAGAUAAAGAGCGGAGAAGGCGGCGAAACGCGGCGGGAAAUGCAAGAGGCGCUGGUGGAGCUGCUGCUGGGCGGCCGCCGCUGCCUCCUCGCCAGACACCCCCAGGGGCCCUUCCCAGACUCCCACUUGCGCAAAAAAACAGAUCUUUGCAUUUAUAUGGACGCAAUGGGAUUUGGAAUGGGAAUGAAUUGCGUACAGGCCACGUUUUCGCCGCGGAACUUGGCUGCUGCGCGCUACCUGUACGACCAGCUGAUCGUGCUGGCGCCGCUGCUGCUGUCGAUCACCGCAGCCACGCCCUUCCUCCGCGGCUGCGUCGCAGCCACUGACACCCGCUGGGACACCAUCAGCAUGGCCGUCGACAGCAGAAAGCCUGAAGAAAAACAAAAAAUAACAAAGUCCAGAUAUUCCUCCAACUCCCUCUACAUCAGCGACAGCCCCGCACUCACCGAGAGACUGGAAGAGCUGAACGACGUGGAGGUGAGCGUGAACGAGAAGGCGUUCGCGGCGCUGGUGCGGGCGGGCGUGGACGCGGUGCUGGCGCGGCACGUGGCGUUUCUGUUCGUGCACGACCCGCUGGUGAUCUUCAAAGACCGACUUUUGCAAAAAGGAAAAACUGAAGAAGAAAUAAUCAAAGAAGGAGAAAUGGAUUGGACUUUGGAAGAAGGAGAGGCGUUUGACAGCGCGGAGGACUUUGAAAACUUGCAAAGCACCAACUGGAACGGCGUGCGCUUCAAGCCGCCGCCGCAGUUUCUGAACGCCACGGAAAGCUGCGCUAAACGCAACUCCAAACCCUCAAAAGACUUCAAAUUCGAAAAUAAAAUCAAAAAUGAAUCCAAAAAUCUUUUUUAUUUCCAAAAUUCCGACGAAAAUCGCCAAAGAUCGCCCAAAAGUCAACCCCGAGACCUCAUCGGCUGGAGAGUCGAAAUGCGCACUCCCGAACUCCAAAUCACCGACUUCGAAAACGCCACCUGCAUUCUUUUGAUUGCAGCACUUGUCCACUUGAUUGAGGAGGAGGGCAUUGACCUGUACAUCCCGAUGAGUCUGAACGACAAGAACAUGGCAGCAGCAGCAAAGUUGAAUUCCAUUUUGAAUCAAAAGUUUUAUUUUCGAAAAGAAGUGGAAAAGAACUCAGCAGACAAGUCCGUGGCGCAGCUGUCCAUACACUCCAUUCUCUUCGGCGAGCCGCAGCAGCAAGGAGACCCCCCGCGGGGCCCCGCGCUGCUGGAGCGCUGCCGUUUGCUGCUGCUGCAGCAGCGCAGCAGCAGCAGCAGCAGCAGCAGCAGCAGCAGCAGCAGCAGCUGCUCUGCUGCUGCUUUCGAAAGCUUCAUGGAAAUGUACAGCUUUAUUUACCUCCGAACUUCCGGCAUUCUCCCCACAGAUGCUGCUUUCUUGCGAGCUUGUCUUGCUGCUCAUCCGGACUACAAGGGCGACUCUGCUGUUGCUGCUGCUGCUGCUUUCGACAUUUGCAAGUUGGCCAUGAAGAUUGGCAGCGGCGAAGUCGAAGUCCCGGAGCUGCUGGGCCCCUUCGCGCGCCGCAGCAGCAGCAGCUGCUGCAGCAGCUGCUGCAGCAGCUGCAGCAGCAGCAGCAGCGGCGGCGACCUCUGCUGCUGCUGCGCCGCCGUCACCCGCCGCAGCUGCUGCAGCAGCAGCAGCAGCAGCAGCAGACCCAGCUUCGUGAAGUCGCAGCCGCUCAUGGGGCCGCUGCUGCUGCCGCAGCAGCAGCAGCAGCAGCAGCAGCAGCAGCAGCAAAACUCCUCGCGGAAGAUAAACCCGGAAGCGAUUCUGCACGGGCGCGGCCGCGUUGCUGCUGCGCUGCAGCACAGCGCCAUUCAGCAGAAGCUGCGGACUUACUUGGGAAUUAAAAGUUUCCAAAAGUCCACAAAUCCAAAAAAUAAUAAUUCAAACUGCUGCUUCCAACAAAUCCUCCAAAAAGAAAUGCAAAAACAAAUGCAGCAAACGCCGCCGCAGGAACUCGUGCGCAGCGACUGA